GCUAUAUAGGCAUGUCUGGCUAAAAUGGAUAUCUGCAUUGGUGUCUCGCUCCAUAUCAUGAUCAAACACUGCUCCAGACAAGCCUUGAUAGACCAGGCCGCUUACCGUGGCCCUCAGCACCACACAGCACAGCAGCGACCUCUCUGAUUGCGCUGUCGCGCCUAGCUCUGGUCACCAAAGAGCCUGCGAAUAAGGGUGCGCACACAUCCUUGCGUCUCAAAGACGAGACUACAAAAGCUCUGACUCGAAGCCGACAGGACACGCACUUCACGCGACAGGGAAUUACAUCUGACACUCGUGACUGACACCGAAGUAGCUUACGUCAUGGAGAUGCUCUCGCACGAGGCUCGGCGGGCGACCUUUGACGACGAAGGCGCCUCCGCAAGGGCCGGUUCUCGAGCUGCUAGCGGUACGAGCAAGCGCAAAGGAGCGACGGGGAGCUCGGCAGCCUUGACGUGGCCUCACACCGGCAAGUCCAAAUAUCCAAGCCCUUCACAACUAGCAGCAGCCGGCUUCCACUUUUCCCCAACCCACUCCUCACCCGAUCGUUGUUUGCACAUCUUUUGCGACGCGGCGGUGGAGGAUUGGAAGGAGGGAGAGGAGGCGUUGGACAGGUUGAUGGAGAUGAUGGCGGACUGUCCUUUUGCGAAGAUCGUCCUGAGCGCGCGAGAAGCUGACAAGGGCAACAAGCUGUGGAGGGAGAGCGAGGAGAAUGUAGAGUUGCUGCCCAGCUCGAACGAGAUGUACGAAGCGAGAAAGGCUACAUUCGGAGAUGCUUGGCCGCACGAUGGCAAGAGGGGAUGGAAACCGACCAGUGCGAAACUAGCGAAGGCGGGCUUUCACUUUACACCGGCUCCUGAUGAGGAAGAUGAAGCAGAUCGGGCGACCUGCAUCUACUGUGACAGGGCGCUAGGAGGUUGGGAAAAGGCUGAUGAUCCAAUCGAAGAGCAUCGGCGACGAGAACCAGAAUGUCCUUACUUUACUGCGACCCUGCUUCCUGUCGAUACGUCAGAAGUCGAUGUUGCCACAGAGAGCGCUUCCAGACGAAAGGUUGCAGCAAGCAAGAAGACGACGCGCUCCGAUCAGGUUGAGGAGGACGUCAUCGCGAAUGUCGACACAGCCGAGUCUGCUGUGGAUACAGAUUCAGAGGUACCAAGGAGGCGCACGGGGCGCAAAAAGACCGUGGCUGAGGCGGCAGAAGCUCCUUCAGCUCCGUCAAUUGCAAAGUCGAAAGUGGCGAGGUCUGUCAGCCGGAAAGGAACGCGGGCUGCGCGUGGUCAUGGCGCCGCAGACGAGGAGGAGCAGGAUGAUGGCGAGGGCGUCGCAGUGAACGCGCAAGAGACCACAGAGCGCGAGCCUACACAGAAAUACACCAAGGAAGCUCCCUCGCUCGCGCGUAGUGUGCGCGGACGGACAGAAGCAGCUAAGGUGGAGGCAGGUGAAGAGGCUCUCAUGGAUACCGACAAGCAGAGCAGCAAGCAUGCAUCUGCACACACAGGCAAGGCAGCACAAUCUGGAGCAAAUGCGAGCGUACCCAGCGCUCGAACACGAGGCAAAGCGCACGCCGGGACAGAAGAAGCUAGUGCCGACGAGGUCAAGAGCGGCUCGAUGCCUAGCGAUACGACUAGCAAGGCAAUUGCGUUGAAUGUGCCGUCAGACACACCGGCCCGGGUCACGCGUAGCGCGAGCGGCGUCACGAAGCCUUCGCGCAGAAGUCUGGAGAGUGCUGCUUCGCUGGCCGCUACCGAGGGCCCUGGCGCUGUUCCCCUUUCGCCAGACGCAAUAGGGAGGAAGACCAAAGCUGCAAAGGACGAGCCGUGCCGUGAAAGGCAUGAUGACGAUGAAGAGGCUGUGCCGCUUGAAAGCCUAACCGAAAAGGAGCUGGAGCUUGCUGCGCAGGCUGGCAAAAAGGCUGCCAAGCCUCAACGAUCUGUCAGCUCCCUUAGAUCCAAAGCGCAAGUUGAUCAGGAAAACACACCACGAGCAAUGAAGAGCUCUCAGCGGUCCGCUUCCAAGGCAGAGGCUGCGCGUUUGGAGACUGGCGAGCUGCAAGCAUCGGAUCGGAAAUUCGCGUCAAUACCGAGAAGAUCACCUUUUGCCAGCUUGAGCAGGCAGAAUGAACAGAGCAAGCAGAUGAAUUUGGACGUUGAGUCUGAUACCUGGCGAACAGCGCUCAAGAAACUGGAACAAUUGCCGACUUUGAUGCCGGAGGAUGAGAAUCUGACGGUGGAUGAGUGGCUCAAUAGGCAGAUGCAGGCGGCUAUCGAGGAGCUGAAAGCAGAGGGUCAGAUGAAGGUGGAGGCGCUGAAGAAGAGGAUAGAGGAACAGAGAAGAAUCACGGAGCUCAUUCUUCGAGGUCAGGUGCCUGCUGCCGCCGGUUCUUGAAGUCGCUCAUCCUGCCUCCGUCCAUCCAUCAACAACACCUCUGCGCUGAACGGGCGAGCAGCCACUCUUCCAGAGAUCGUCAUUCAGCAGUGUACGAUGCAUACUUUUCGCUUGCUUUCUUUCGCAGUCCUUGAAUUGGCCUGACACUUGACCAGCACCAUUUGAACUGCAAUCACAUCUUGUCCUGC